CUUGGGCUUCUGGAGGAGACAGGAGGAGAAUUGUAUAUUUUGGUAGCUUCUUACUUGCAGUUGCAGUUAGAACAGUUGCUUUUGGGGAGAAAAAAAAUCUUCAUGAUGUCUUUCCUUUCUUGGCUGCAACAAGUGCUAAACAUAGGAAAAGCACCACAAAGACCUCUUAAUCCUGCUGAUUUCCAUCCUGUGCCUUCACCGGAACUUGAAGUUCCUUGGAGGCAAGUUAACUGGAAUGAAAAAGAGAAGAUAUUAGAAAACCUGCAACUUUUAAAGCCAACUGUGGAGCCCCUAAGGAUUCUGCUGCAUGGACCUGUUGGAGCAGGGAAGUCAUGCUUCAUAAACUCAGUUCAGAAGGUCCUCUUAGGCCGUAAUGUCAGUAUUGCUCUGGCAAGCUCAAAAGACACUGGACAAAGCUUCACUCUUUCAAUCAAAACGCACAAGCUGAAGAAGCGUGACGAUGGACAUUAUCCUUUUGUUUUCUGUGACAUCAUGGGACUUGAAACAGACGAAGAAGGGAUAGACACUGGAGACAUCAUCAACGUCUUAGAGGGACAUAUUUUAGACGGCUACACAUUCAGUUCCAUAUCACCUGUAACCGAGAACGACCCAAAGUACAAUCACUGCCCAGAUCUCUCUGAAAAAGUCCACUGUCUGGUGAGCAUUGUUCCUGCUGAUGCCAUCUCAAUAAUCGAUCACAGUGUGAUUGACAAAAUGAGGACAAUUCGACAGAGAGCUUCUGACCUGGGCAUACCUCAGGUCAUUGUGCUGACGAAGGUGGAUGUAGCGUGCGAGAUGGUCCGGGAAGACUUGAGAAAGCUGUACCACAGCAGGAAGAUUAAAGAGAAGGUAGAGGAGAGCAGUAUCCAACUGGGCAUCCCCAUGAAAAACAUCUACCCUGUGAAGAACUUUCAUGCUGAGAUCACUGAAGAUUCAGAUACUGAUGUUAUCAUCCUCAUGGCACUGAUAGAUAUUGUCAACUUUGCCAGUGACUAUGUGGAGAAGGUGCAUGAACAGAGUGACAACUGAAUCACAGAACUUUCACAGAACAGAAUUUUCAGCAUUACAUAUAAAAUCUUGUGUAGGUGGAUGCGAAUAAAAUGGAUACAUUCGAGUCGCAACCCCUGGCUCAUCAAGACCGCUGUAAAGAAAUCACGUCGUUACCUUGAAUCAUUGAUUGUAAUCACUUGAAUAAUCUGUGGAAUUUCCUUUCAAGCCUGUGUGGGUGCAGCAGAUGUCAACAAGGAAGGGGAAACAAUUGAUGGAGGGAAGUUGGAGGUCUAUGUCCUUUAUUCCUGCACACCUCUAUGCUAAAUCCAGAGUUAACACUAGUUAGUUUGUAGGCAAUCCUUGUACUAAAUUUGAUUGCACCACAAAGUCAUGUCUUCAGUAAUAACUGCUAACUAAUGUGUAUGUUGCGUGAUGAUAACUGAUAACAUAUGUACAACAAAUAAAGAAUCUAUAAA